AUGGAUCCGGUCGGUUCGAAGGACUUGGCAUUUCGUAAGAUAUGCACAGAACGCUUCGUGACAUCGAUAUACUACUGCUUGUUGCAGCAGUAUUUGCUGGUGACGAUCUUUCUGCUGUUCAUCAACUUUAGUAUCCUGCAUCCGAUAAACUGGAUCGUCGGAACCGUGCGACUGCUGGUAUCGUUUUACCCAUGGAUUGCAUCGGUUCCUUUAGCGAUCGCGGUCGUCGUUCAUGGAAUAGUGCUUGCCAAGUCGUGUCUACUAGAAACUCGGUAUCAUUCAACGUACUGCCAGCAAUUGUACCGGAAUCUCAUACAACGUUCGAUACUCUUACUUACCAAUGGAACAAUCGGUUGCUUGACGGCAUGGCUAUACACACGAUUUCUGCGAGAUGAGUACCGGCUUCUGUUCCUGCCCAGCGUACAAGACGAUACUGUGUUCCUCAAUGACCGUUUCGUAUAUCUGGUAAUGAGUGGUGUGUUUGGUGGCUGUUAUUUCUUUCUGCGGGAGCAGCAAAACCCGGAUGCCGUAGACUUCCCGAUCAUUCUGCUACCAAAAGUUGCUCAAUACUGGAACAACCUUAGCAGUGUAUUAACUAAAUCGAUGCGAAAAUCAGCGAUUGGCAUGUUUAUCUACCUUAGCUUCUACUACACCUUUUCUUGUCUUUUCCGGCAUAAGCUAGCUUCUGUUUUGGGAGGCGCUCGACUGCAGGAAGACUCGACGCUGUACAGCUUCUGCAGUAUCAUAAUGGAUAUUCGCUUGUUGGUGUAUACUUGGUUGUUUUCGGCGCUCAUAUUAAGCAACAUAAAUUUGAUGCACGUGUUGUUCGGUAUUUUUCUUGCCGAGCCUCAAAACUUCCGUAUUGAAACAAGCGCAUUUCAGGCGAAUGACGAGCCAUUGCUUGCGGAUGCACUAGCAUACAAGCAAAUUCCGAUAGUACAGCAACUGGCGGUCGAGGAUUUGUUUGCCAUCGCCGAGGCACAGUGUUUGAAUCGCCGGAAACAGCUAUUCUCAUUAACAGUACCUGGUGGUCACCCAAACAACUGGCGAAAAUUGUACGAUGUGUGCAUGAAAUUGAUCGGUGAUUUUACACAGGAACUAGACCAAUCGAUCGGCGGAAUUGAACUGAAGCCUGCACCACCAAUGGUCCUAAUGGGAGGCGUUUUGCGACCAACGGCAUCGAUGGAUAAGGAUCGGUUUCUAAAGAAACAAUACAAUCAAAACUUUGGCAUCCGGAGCUUAUCAACGCCAACGUUACCAGGCACGCCGUCCAGCGAAAGUAAUAAACAGGAAGCGAAAUCUGAAGGAAAGCGUGAGAGUAAGGCCAUUCUUUUUGCAUCGAUUUUAAAGCGAAUACCAGGCUACGAUUUCUUGUUUACGGAAUCAAAAUCAGCCAAAAGCCAUUAUCUGCUCUCUGUUCAAUCGCAGCUGAUAGUGAAAGUCGUUCAAAGUUUGGUAGCCAUUGCAAGCCGUUCUCUCUACGAGGACUCGUACGGUGUCUUACAAAACGACUUGCCAUGCAUCGUUCACGCUUUACUGGAGCUGAAAAAGGUUGUCGAUAAGAUCGGUUCCAUUAAUCUGGAUGUGAAGAAAGUCGAUCGGAACUAUAUUGCUUUAAAAGGGGCCGUUAAGAAGAGCUUAUAUCGCUUUACCACGGCCUUCGGGCCGUACAUUAAACAUCUUGUAAUAGAACCAGAGGACAUAAAAGCCCUGCAGGGUUUUGUAAACUUCCGUGAAGUUUGAUUUAGCAUAGGAAUCUUCUUUCAGAUGUAUAACAAAAUGUCCCUGCUUAAUCGAAGAAUAUGUCAAAUGAAGUGUUGAACAUAAAAUGUAUUAUUUGUAUGAAAAACUACAACAUUGCAUUGUAUUUCUAAGCGUUUUAGAGAAUUAGCACGGUGUGCAAUGUGUAUGGCAUACUCGUAAAGAUGGUUCAUUACUUUGGCAGCAACUGAAAAUUUAUGAUGUUAUUAUAAUUUACAGUAAGAAUUUGAACUUUUGAACAUUUACAAUUAAUAAAAUCAUAUCUAUCUUCGUAAAAGAUGGAAAUCAAUCCGUGGAAGGCAUUAUACUAACAACAAACAAACAUUUACUGAAAUUUACGUUAAAAUCAUUAACAUUGUUUACUAUAUACUAUGAGGGAAAAGUUGGGAAGUGUAU